AUGUGCAUGAACCUCGAGGCCGGCCAGGUCGGUGUCGUGCUUUUCGGUUCUGACCGUCUCGUCAAAGAGGGCGAGACCGUCAAGCGUACCGGUGAAAUUGUCGAUGUUCCCGUCGGCCCGGAGCUGCUCGGCCGUGUCGUCGAUGCUCUCGGUAACCCCAUCGACGGCAAGGGCCCCCUCAACACCAAGGAGAAGCGCCGUGCCCAGCUCAAGGCCCCCGGCAUUCUCCCCCGCAAAUCCGUCAACCAGCCCGUGCAGACCGGUCUCAAGUCUGUCGACGCCAUGGUUCCCAUUGGCCGUGGCCAGCGUGAGUUGAUCAUUGGUGAUCGUCAGACCGGCAAGACUGCCGUCGGCCUGGACACCAUGCUCAACCAGAAGCGGUGGAACAACACCAACGACGAGACCAAGAAGCUCUACUGUGUUUACGUCGCCGUCGGCCAGAAGCGCUCCACCGUCGCUCAGCUCGUCAAGACCCUUGAGGAGAACGACGCCAUGAAGUACUCGAUCAUCGUCGCCGCCACUGCCUCCGAAGCCGCCCCCCUGCAGUACAUUGCCCCCUUCACUGGUACGUUCUUCCUUUGA